UCUAACAGUUCCAGAUCAGACACUUUACGUCGCAGCGCAGUCAGGCAGCAGUUAUUGUUAGGAGUUAGCUGGGAGUUGGUUAGCUAGUCGUAAGCGUAGUUUAUAUUGCAAGAACCGGGAUUUCUCAAUAAAUAUAAACAGAAUGGCUGAACCACUGAAGGACAACUUCUUUGACAACAAGCCGCUAGAAAAGACAAAGAAAAACCCGAAGCGGCUGUCAGUGGAGAGGAUCUAUCAGAAGAAGACUCAAUUGGAGCACAUUUUGCUCCGACCAGACUCCUACAUUGGCUCUGUAGAGCCCGUCACCCAGCAAAUGUGGGUGUAUGAUCAGGAUGUUGGAUUGAACUGCCGUGAUGUGACAUUUGUGCCUGGGCUUUACAAGAUUUUUGAUGAGAUCCUUGUAAAUGCAGCUGACAAUAAGCAGAGGGAUAAGAGCAUGUCCUGCAUCAAAGUCAACAUUGAUGUUGAAAACAAUACCAUUAGUGUAUGGAAUAAUGGCAAAGGUAUUCCUGUGGUGGAGCACAAGGUGGAGAAAGUCUUUGUGCCUGCUCUCAUCUUCGGACAGCUCCUCACCUCCAGUAACUAUGACGAUGACGAGAAGAAAGUCACUGGUGGACGUAAUGGAUAUGGUGCUAAGCUUUGCAACAUCUUUAGCACGAAGUUCACUGUAGAGACUGCCUGCAAAGAGUCAAAGAAGUCCUUCAAGCAGACUUGGUAUGACAACAUGGGCAGGGCUGGAGAUGCUAAUAUCAGAUCAUUUGACGGAGAGGAAUUCACUUGCAUCACCUUCCGGCCAGAUCUGGCCAAGUUUAAAAUGAGCAUCCUGGAUAAAGACAUAGUGGCUCUGAUGACUAGGAGGGCAUACGACAUCGCCGGAUCCAGCAAGGGUGUCCGUGUGUUCUUCAACGGCACAAAGCUACCAAUUUCAGGUUUUCGUAACUACGUGGACAUGUAUGUGAAGGACAAGGUGGAUGAGCUGGGUGAUAAACUGACCGUGAUUCAUGAGGUUAUCAAUGAACGCUGGGAGGUCUGCCUCACCAUGAGCGAGAAAGGUUUCCAGCAAGUCAGCUUUGUCAACAGCAUUGCCACAACCAAGGGCGGGAGGCAUGUUGACUAUGUGGCCGACCAGGUGGUUGGGAAGCUCAUUGAUGUGGUGAAGAAGAAGAACAAAGCUGGGGUGACUGUCAAGCCUUUCCAGGUGAAGAACCACAUGUGGCUCUUUGUCAACUGCCUGAUUGAAAACCCCACCUUUGACUCUCAAACCAAAGAGAACAUGACUCUGCAACAGAAGAGCUUUGGGUCCACUUGUCAUCUCAGUGACAAGUUCAUUAAACAGGCCACCUCCUGUGGAAUUGUGGAAAGUAUCAUGAACUGGGUGAAGUUCAAGGCUCAAUCCCAGCUCAACAAGAAAUGCUCAGCUGUCAAACACACAAAAAUCAAAGGGGUGCCUAAACUGGAUGAUGCCAAUGAUGCAGGUGGGAAGAACUCCAUAGGCUGCACACUCAUCCUUACUGAAGGAGACUCAGCCAAGACACUGGCUGUGUCUGGGCUGGGUGUGGUCGGCAGGGACCGCUAUGGCGUCUUUCCUCUUAGAGGAAAAAUGCUCAAUGUGCGGGAGGCCUCACACAAACAGAUUAUGGAGAACGCUGAGAUCAACAACAUCAUUAAAAUCAUCGGCCUCCAGUACAAGAAGAACUACAGCGAUCCAGAUUCCCUCAAGUCCCUGCGUUAUGGCAAGAUCAUGAUCAUGACAGAUCAGGAUCAAGAUGGCUCCCACAUUAAGGGCUUGCUGAUCAACUUCAUCCACCAUAACUGGCCAUCAUUGCUGCGCCACAACUUCCUGGAAGAGUUCAUCACCCCCAUCAUCAAGGUAUCACACAAGAAAACACAGCUGUCUUUCUACAGUAUCCCAGAGUUCAAUGCAUGGAAGGAGAGCCAGUCCAACCACAAAUCUUGGAAAAUCAAAUACUACAAAGGUUUGGGUACCAGCACAUCGCAGGAAGCCAAGGAGUAUUUCUCUGAUAUGCAGAGACACCGUAUUCCAUUCAAGUACUCCGGACCUGAAGACGAUGAAGCUAUCACCCUUGCCUUUAGCAAGAAGAAAGUGGAAGAGCGGAAAGAGUGGCUCACCAAGUUCAUGAUUAACAGGCGCCAACGCAAGGAGCACAACCUGCCAGAGGAGUACCUAUAUGGUCAGUCCACCAAAUCCCUUUCCUACAACGACUUUGUCAACAAGGAGCUGGUACUUUUCUCCAACUCUGACAAUGAAAGGUCAAUUCCCUGCCUGGUUGAUGGUCUGAAGCCAGGCCAGAGGAAGGUGCUGUUCUGUUGCUUCAAGAGAAAUGACAAGCGGGAGGUGAAGGUGGCCCAGUUGGCUGGCUCAGUGGCUGAGAUGUCAGCCUACCACCAUGGAGAGGUCUCUCUGAUGAUGACCAUUAUUGGUUUGGCCCAGAACUUUGUGGGAAGCAACAACUUGAACCUGUUGCAGCCUCUGGGUCAGUUUGGAACCAGGUUGCAUGGUGGCAAGGACUAUGCCAGCCCUCGAUACAUUUUCACCAUGCUUAGCCCUCUGGCCCGCCUUCUUUUCCCAUCUGUGGAUGACAACCUGCUCAAGUACAACUAUGAUGACAACCAGCGUGUAGAGCCAGAAUGGUACAUGCCCAUCAUCCCCACUGUGCUGGUGAAUGGUACUGAUGGUAUUGGCACAGGCUGGGCCAGCAAGAUGCCCAACUUUGACAUCCGAGAGAUCGUCAGCAACAUCCACCGUAUGCUCAACGGAGAGGAGCCUCUGCCUAUGCUUCCAAACUACAAAGGCUUCAGAGGCACAAUUGACCAGUUGUUUGACAACCAUUACUUGAACUGUGGAGAAGUGGCCAUCAUCAAUUCUACCACCAUUGAGAUCUCUGAAUUGCCUGUAAAAACCUGGACACAGACCUACAAGGAGAAUGUUCUGGAGCCGAUGUUGAAUGGCACAGAGAAGGUCCCUCCUCUGAUCACUGACUACAAGGAAUACCACACCGACAGCACUGUGCGCUUUGUGGUCAAGAUGACUGAAGAGAAGCUGAGGGAGGCAGAAGCUGCUGGCCUCCAUAAAGUCUUCAAGCUGCAGAACCCUUUCACCUGUAAUUCUAUGGUUCUGUUUGACCAUGUGGGCAGCCUUAAGAAGUAUGAGUCGGUGCAGGAUGUUCUCAAGGACUUCUUUGAGCUGAGGAUGAAGUACUAUGGGCUGAGAAAAGACUGGUUGGCCGGCAUGCUCGGGGCAGAGAGUGCUAAGCUCUCCAACCAGGCCCGCUUCAUCCUGGAGAAAAUCCAGGGCAUCUUGGUCAUUGAGAACAAGCCAAAGAAGGAGCUGAUCCGCAUGCUGGAGGAGAUGGGCUAUGACUCUGACCCGGUCAAGGCUUGGAAACAGGCUCAAGAGAAGAAUGAGGAGAUGGAGGAUGAAGAGGAGGAAGAAGCAGAAGAGAACACCAGUGGGCCAGACUACAAUUACCUGCUGAGCAUGCCCAUGUGGUUCCUGACCAAGGAGAAGAAAGAGGAGCUGUGCAAACAGAGGGAUGCAAAGUUGACAGAGCUGAACACCCUGAAGAAGAAGAGUCCAUCUGACCUGUGGAAGGAAGACCUCGCUGCUUUCUCUGAGGAACUGGAGCGCGUUGAGGCAAAAGAAAAGGAGGAUGCCAGUAUGCCUGUUGGAAAGGGGGCUGGAAAAGGCAAAAAGCUGAAGGUGAAGCAAGAGACUCUGCCCACGCCGCAGGGUCGCCGUGUUAUCCCGCGCAUCACCAGCACCAUGAAAGCUGAGGCUAACAAGAAGGCGGUCCUUAAGAAAGGAGAAGGCAGGGGGGGCAAGAAAAUUAAGACAGAAGAUGUAGUCAUGAAGAUGGAGUUUGGAGAAGAUGGAGAGAACGCAGAGCCAAACGAGAUGAUGAGCUUGGCUGCUCGACUGAGCAAGAAAACAAAAACCCAGACAAAGGAAAAAGUAUCAAAGACCGGCAAGCAGACCACCCUUCAGUUCAAGGCUGUUGCCAAGAAGCCCAAGAAGAAUCCGUGGUCAGAUGACGAGUCUGACAUUCUGUCCAACAGUCUGUCCGACAUUGAAAUGGAGACAGAAGAAGUUGCUGCCCCUAGGGUGAAGGUUGAACGCAAAACCAAAGCUUCUGUGAAGUACAGUAUGUCUGACAGUGAAGAUGAGUUUGAUGACUGGGGGAAGAAGGACGCUCCAAAACGGAAAGCUGUUAUCAGUGAUGAUGACACCAGCUUUGCCCCGGAGCCCAGCGCCAUGGCUGACAGCGAUGUGGACUCUCUAGCCCCGUCUCCCAAAGCUCCAGAGCCAACGAAGAAGGUGACAAAGAGCAAAUCAACAGUGAAACAAGCUGAAAGCAAAUCAAGCUCUCAGUCUGAUGAGCAAGCGCCUGCACCAAAGGCUCCAGCUCAACGUAAAACCAAAGCAACCGCACCCAAGAAACCUGCCGCUGCCAAGAAACCAGCGGCAUCCAAGAAGAAGGCUGCAGAUGUUAAGCAGCCGUCCAUCCUUGAAGCUCUUUCUAAGCCCAAACCUUCAUCCAACUCUACUGCCAAGAAGGACCCUUCAUUUACCUCCAGUGACUCAGAGGGUGAAAUUAAAGCUCCAGCUGCAAAGGCAAAAGCAAAGCCUGUUCUCAAACGGAAACAGGUCACCAGCGAUGACUCCGACAGCAGCUCAGACAACCUCAUGUCACGCCUCAAGGCCAAAACAACUGCAGGCAGCAAGAAAACCAAGAAGUGGGAGGAGGACGACAGCUUCCAGAUUUCAGAGGAGGAAUCAGCAGCUCCUGCAGCUGCUGCACCACGGGACAAGCCCUCUCGUGCCAGGAAACCUGUAACCUACACCCUGGAUUCAGACUCAGACUAAGAUUUAGUCUCUAAGUCAGUGUCCACAUGGUGUUUUUUUGUUGUUUAUUUUAGAUUUUGUAAAGAUAAAUUCUUUACUAAGUUAUAGUUGUGCCAUGUGAUUAAUAUGGCUCUGCUUUUUUCACUUGAACUGUUUCUGUUGGACCUUAGUGCUGCAGUUUCUAAUGUUGAAAAAAUCUGAUUCAUUGAAAAAAGUCAAAGUUUCUCAUCCUGUCAGAAGUUUUAAAAAAUCCAUUUAA